CAAGCCUCUUUUUUCCCUCUCUACCCCUUUAUAAUAUUGACUAUUAAAUCUCUCGUUCUCAAAUUACAAAUGUUAGAUCUAGUUUUAUAGUACUACAAACCAAUGGGGUUUUGUAAAUACUUCCAAACCAUUAAUUACAUUUCUCUUCCUCUCUCUCACUUUUCCUUCUCCAAUAGCCUAUUUGCAUUUCACUAGAGAAAUUCUUCCAAACAUAUUCCUUGAGGCAGACUCCCGCCUCCCACCUAGCAACAAAAAAAAAGUACCACUGCAUUAAAAAUGUACCACUAGACUAAGAAAAAUAGUACCACUACAUUAAAAGUGGUCAGGUACCACUCUAAAAUAAUAUCACUAUUAAAUAUUACCACUAUAUCGAUAACAUUACCACUAGAAUAGAAAAACUACCACUUGAUUGAAAAUCACUACCACUACACUAAUAACAUUACCACUAAACAAAAAAUCACUACCACUAGAUUGAAAAUCACUACCACUACAAUGAUAUAAGUACAACUAGAGUGAAAAUAUUAUCACUAGACUGAAAAACAUGACCAAUAGACCAGAAGCAAAAAAUCCAUAUCUGUGAACUGAAAGGUUACAGAUUUGGAAGAAGCUUAGGGGAGGGAGGAAGAGUAGUGGCGGAGGGGGCCACAUUGGGAGAUGAGAGAAGCAAGGGAGGGCUGGGCUGGGGAGACGAAGGAAGGUAUGUAGAAUUUAGGAGAGACGACGAUGAUGGAGGGCGAUAUCGGGGGAGUGCUGGAUUGGGGAGGCAACGAUGCCUACUCCUUUGCGUCAGCAGCGACCUCGCGCCAGCGACGAGCAGGGGAGGCGACACUAGGGGAGGGAUUAGGUUGAGACGAUUCACAAUGGGAGAGGAGAGGGGAGGCGACGGUGGGGGUGGGGUUGGGGUUAGGGCUGGGUUGAGAUGAGAGGGAGAGGAGAGGGGGAGAUGAUGGUAGGGAGGAAAGAGGGACACGGUGGCAACUAGAGUGAAAGGGGGAGAUAAGGAGGGGAUAAUUUUUGUUUGUUAAUGGAGAGGGAUCACAUGUGUUAUUUUUCCCCGUCCGAAAAUGCCCUUGACCCAAUCUCAUCCAUUAGUUAAAAAAGCAAGAAAGAAAAAAAUCCAAUGGUGUAUAUAGUGAGUUGUCAAAAUGAGGAACAAAUCUUAAACUACAAGACUUACCCAAAAAAAUCCUCCAAUACAACACUUAUCAAUAUAUUUCUCAAAACACCCUAGGGAUGUUUAUUGCAUAGUCCAGCGAACCAAGUAGUGGUUUGCGGGUAUGAAGAGUGAUCCACUUGUUUGCUGACAUGGGUCACGAUCAUUGGCUUAUGAUUCACUUAUUCUGGAAGCAAACCAAUUUUGUUCUCUGGUUAGACAAGACAAAGUCUUUGGUUUGUUGGAUAGAUAAGUGAACUAUUGUGCCUCGUGGGACAGGAAAGCGAAUCAAUGGUAGUGUUACUCACUAGUUAGGGUAGCGAACUACCAUGGUUGCCGAAAGGGAAGCUCACUAGUUGCAAUAAUUAUGUGUAGUCGUUCACCCACCACCCCCCCCCCCCCUCCCACAUUAAUGCUUCAUAAUAGGUUGCAGGGAUAAGGACUCUUAGUGGUAGUGGAUCACUGGGGUCAAAGGCAAACUACUCCUCAGUUGAAUGAAAAUAAAUACGCAACUCCUAGCCCCCUCCCAUUUUUGCAGUCUUCAUUCAACUCUUCAUUCUCCAAAACAAAAACAACAAAGAAGCAACAAGAGCACCAAAAGUCUUGCAUUUAAGGAGGUUCAUCGAGCUUCUGCCAUUUUAAGGUAUGUUUUUGUUAUGUUGGUUAUACCAUGUCUUACAUUAGGCCUUGAAUGUAGGUUGAGUGUGGAUUAGAGUUUUGGAUUAAUGCUUGGUAAUUAUAUUUAGAUUGUAUUCUGUUGGUUUUUAUAUUUAAGGUAUGUUAUAUUGGUUCAUUGAGUUUCUGCUAUUUUCAUGUAUAUUUUGUUUUGUUGGUUGUAACAUUGGUUACAUGAGCCUUUGAAUUUAGGUUGAAUGUGGAUCAGGGUUUGGGAAAAUGUUUCGUGGUUAUAUUUAGAUUAAGAUCUCCAUGAAUUGUAUGUAAUUUAUGUUAUUUUAAAUUGAAAAAAUGGGAAGGAAAUUCCAAAAUUUCAACUUAUCGACUUGGUGGAAUGGUCAAGUGUUGAUUACGAAGGUGGUGAGGCAAGCAUUGUUCAGAUUGAGAACCAUUUAGUUGGCAGGAUCUCUUCAAUAUAUGUGAAGAAAUGUGUUGCAUAAGUGGUCGUCGAAGAGUAUGCAAGAUGACAUUGACCCUUGCUUGUACAUCACGUCCUAGUCCAUCUCCCUAGGCUCUAUGCUUAUUACGAACUCGAUCUGCAACCAGAGUCACAUGUCUGAGGGGAACUGGAGGUGGUGUUGUAGUGGAUGAAGAAGGAUUGUAGAAAUUUCUCGUCGGGCAUUGGACGGGUGGUUGUGGCAUUUGGAAUAAGCCAACAUUGGGAUACCUAUAAUAAGAUGGCGUAGUACUUGAUAACCCUCCUCCAAAUAGUUGGGGGCAGUGCUGAGCUUGAUGAUCCUCUUCCAAAUUUCAUUACGACAAGCUAAAAUGGAUAUUCGUAUGAGACUAGAAUUCUCACCUAUUCUUGUACUUCCGCAUGAAUUCUUAGUGCCGAAGGGAGAUAUUUACUUCUCCUUGGCGGCGUUGGCGUGUGAUUCGGGCCUAAUUGCACAUGUUUUGCCCCCGUUUUACUAAGAUGUUUGUGCCAAAUUCGCUCCUAAAAGUUUGGUUUUACGCUAGGUUCUUCGUGUUUGAGUGUGUUUCAGGAUUUAAUAGGUGAAACCAACAUCGGAGUCGAAAGAUUAGCGAAAAGGAUUGAAAACCGGGAGAAGAGGUGCAAAAGAGCCAGUUCACGGCUAACUGAGGGAGUUUACGGUCAUCCAAGACCGUGAAGAAGAGGAUUUGAUCGUGAAUCGCGAGGCGUCCAGAGCCAAUGUGAAGGUUACUGACGUAUGGUGAGUUCACGGUCACUAAGAUUGUGAACACAAGCAGUUGACCGUGAACGAACGUGAGCGAUGCGGCGCGUUUUGGCACACGCCUGGAUUUCAUGGACGUGCUUCAUGGUUCACGACCGUGAACUCAGGUCGUGAACUCAGCUCAUCUCGGGUUCAAAAGAUGAUCUGAAAGGAGGAGAGAGGGGAGAGGCCACUUUUGUCAGUUUGUGUGAAACACCUUCUUCAACAUUCUAGUGAGAGAAACAGAACCAAAGGGAAGAAGAAGGUUAGGGUUUGGCUUCAAGGCAGAUUUUUGGAAGAUUUCCCCCAAGGAAAGCUCAACUCAAGGGUCAAGGAGACUAGGAGCAUCCUCAAUGAUGGUUUCCAACUUUUUUCCUUUUGUUUUCCCACUUCUAGCAUGGAGUAGACCUCUUUUCACUUGGGUGUAGUGAAACCCUAACUCUACCAUGUAGUUUUCUUGUAUGUGUUUUGGAUGAUUGUCAUUGGGUAUUGUUUAAUUCAAUGAUUGAGGCAUUAUUUAUCAUGAUUGUGCAUACUUGUGCUUAGCAAUCUAGGGGUUGUGCAUGUUUUGUGCUUAGCAUCCUUAAGUUUGUGCAUUUAGGUGCUUGGCAACCUAAGGAUUGUGCAUAAUUGUGCUUAGCACUCCUAGGUUUGUGCAUUUAGGUGCUAGUAAUCUAAUUUGCCACCUUGGCCUAGCUUAGAGAGGAUAUCCCCUUUCAAGGGAGACUCAAUCGAGUUGGUUUUCCAUAUGCUUUAUAAGCCACCUAAACUAGGUUAAGUUAGGGCGACCCUCAAUAUUGAGUUAAGCAAGUCCAUUAAUCGUGAUUAAACCGUUCGAUCUUAGAGUUGAGUGAGGGAGUAAGUCAAUUACCGAUUGUUUAAACCGAGAGGGUCGAGUGACACGGCCUUUCAUCCUUACCUCAAUUUAGCAAUUGAGACUGUGGUCUCCGACCACAUAUGCAUUCCUCUGUUGUUCAUGAUUAACGUGCCCAAGGCAAUCAUUCCAAUCCAAAUAGCAUGGUAGCGGUUAGGGGGAAGCGACACCCGAGUGACUUUCCCACAAAAGAGUUUUCAAAUCCAAUCACCUUUGCAUUCUUUUAUUUCAAUUAGCAAACCUUUAAAUCAAAGUUUUGUUGCUAGAUAAUGAUUUCAACAACUGAAGUAGGGAAAGACGGACCGGCCUGAGUCGAUAUUUAAAUACUUGCCCUAUACUGCACCCGAUUAGAGUUUAAGAACUUGGGCUCUAAUUGGGGUUUUAUUGUGGUGUAGUUUCGUGCGAGUCAAGUUUUUUGCGCUAUUGCCGGGGACUUCGGGGUGUUUUUCUGAAAAAGUUGUUGGUUGUUAAUCUAGCUUUUAAUUUCCAGUUUUGCAAGUGUGUUCUUUCCUUGUGCUAGACUUGGUGUGUUUUCUGAUUGUAUGUAGGUGGUGCAUGAUUCGGAGCAACCCGACACCUUUGCUACCACUUGACGAGGACAUAAAACUGGCUCUCCGACUCCUAGGAAGCCCCGACUUUGAUGGGAAUCUGUAUGACCCCACUUGAAGCGAAGUUAGAUCAGUUGAUCAGGGUGAUGCUCGAGGAUAAAGGACAUGUAAGCGGGGUAGCAACACAUAUGGAGUGGGGUGAAAGUUGGAACCAUGAGGAAGUAGAGUACCACCGGAUGACCCGCCUUGAGGAGGUGGUGAAAAACUUUUUCGCCUCCAUCUCUAAAAAGUUUGAAAGAAUCGACAGAUUCAUUGGAGAGGCAACAGAGAAGUUCUCGACCAUAGAGGCAGGGUUGGAGAUUCAGGAAACCCACUUGAUCAACCUGGCCAUAAGCAUAAGGGGAAUCUCGCAAGCGGCUCUGUCUUGGAAAUUAGUUGACGAAGUUGACGUGGUAGCCAUGACUCUUCGAAGUGGAAGAGAGGCCAAAGAGCUACCCCCUAAGAAGAAACAACUCGCAACAGAGGAGCAACAAGGGGGCGGUAACCUCCCCUAGCAGCCGGAAGCCACAAGUGACAGGGACCUUGACUCUACGACCCCUCAACCGACCUCUCAAGAAGAGGAUAUCACUCCGACCCCUCAACCAGAGAAAGAAAAGAGGAAAGCAACCCCAACUCUCCCUUAUCCUUCACGGCUUCGCAACGACCCCAUGGCGGCAGAGUUCUCCCACUUCAUGGAGUUGAUGAACCAGUUGCAUUUGAACAUCCCCUUCUUGGAGGCCGUCACCCAAAUGCCCAAGUACGCAAAAUAACUAAAAGAACUCCUCACCAACAAGAAGAAGCUUGAGGGGGUAGCUACUGUGAGCUUGAAUGAGGAAUCCUCCGCCCUCGAGCAGAACCACUUGCCCGCGAAACGCAAAGAUAGUUUACUUAUUAGUUUUAGUUCUUUUUUAAUUAGUAUUAUGUUUCGAUUUAUUUAGAGAUUUGUUUUUUAAUCUCUAUAAAUAUUGGGUGUAAAA